UAAUUAGUUUUAUCCAUCUCAUUUGUAAUGCUGCAUUGAUUACAACAUAAAACCUGCUUUAACUUGCCAUAAAAGGAUGGUAUGAAAUUAUAUAAAAAUGUUAAAAGAUAACUUGACUACUUUAAAGUGUUCUAAGUUGUUGAGAAAAAAGUUUGCAUUUUCUUUACGGUGUAUACAUGUUAAAUGACAUUAAAUGUCUUAAUAGUGGCAUUACAAUAAGGUUUACACUUCUAGAUGUGCAUGAUCAACUUGUAGACCUGCCUUAAAGUUGGUAUCACCAUUGUAUAUAUAUAUUUUUUUUUUUUUUUUUUUACAACAUUGUCAUGUUUAAGGCCAUGCAUUUCUGACAUCACUGAAGGGGACUGAUAAGGGACAACUUAAGAAAUACUUUGAGAUAUCUUUACACCCACUGACAUCUGCUUCCCAGUAUGCUUCCGAGUUUAUAUCACAACCUUUGUAGCCUUGGUAACAUUUACCAUUUGAAGUGAAGGGGAAAUGUGACAGGAAAAAAAUCUUCGCACGUGUGAUUAUAACUGCUCUGAAUAUGAAGUUGGUGAUGUCAUUCCAGGCAUGGAUGAGACGCGUGAGAGGAGGCUGUAGGAAGACUUUGUGGGAGAUCCCCUCAAACUUAAAAUCAAAGGCAGUGGAUUAAAUAAAACUUCACGCUGCUCUGAACACUUCUAACAGCCGGCCACUCAAAUUUUCUCUCUACGUUUUGUAUUUGCAACCUCUGUCACCAUCCUAAAUGCCGACAAUGAACAUACGAAGUUAAAUUCCAAAAUGGUUGCAGAGGUUGUUGUUGCACAGUUGGCUGUUGUCAUGUCCCCCCAGUGCCUGUAGUUGUGCUGUAAGAAGCCUCGCAUCCGAUGACAAAACCAACACCCAUUCUCCUUGUGUACGGCUAGUUUUAUUUUAAUAAGCGACAAAGAUAUGUCAGUAGGUUUCGUAUAAAAUUAUUCGCACACGUUAAAACACAACAUCUGCAAGCUUAAAGUGGAAACGUAUAGGCGCAAUAUUCCCGUUGAGAGUAAUAGCCGUCGACCGUAUGAGAAGAUCAGCAUAGCUUGUCUAACGUAUGGCGCAGUGAUCGGAGGCUGUGCGGCGGACGGGAAGCACCGGACUCAAGCAAAGGCGGAAGCCCGCUUAUCACGCACGGCAAGGCGGGUGUGUCGUUACCCGACUUGCGGGGAUUCGGGAGGUUUCACAGGCCAACGGUAACUACGAAUUGCGCAGAAAUAAAGGAAAAUUUGUAAUUCAAAUGGGCACCUGGUACUGUACUUAAUUGUAAUAUUAUUACAAUAAAACGCACGCAAGUAAUGCAGUUUUCUCAAUUAAUAGUAAACACAAAAACUAUUAAAUGUAUCCGUUCGUCGACGACGCAUAUUUUCGUUUGACAGGUAUUUUCCGGAAUAUAAGUCCCGAAUUUCUCGCACUUAUAUAAACAUUUUCGACGACCGUUAAAAAGUUGAAAAAUACGUUCCAUAUAUUUUUGUAACGCAACAAAGAAAAGCUUCAUUCCAUUGUUUCCGCUGGAACAGUUUUGAACCUAUCUUUUGUUACAAAAUAAUUAAAGGGUUGCUUCAGGCGCAACACCCAACUUGCUCAAUCCUUGCCUCAAAAGUAACUGAUAGUGCUGCCCAAGUAUAUGAUAGAGUAGUAGGCGGGUUGUCCACCGUCCCCUUGCGUUUUCAAAGUUGCUUUGCAUGUCAAACGUAUUGUACUCUGCCCAAGCACUUUUACAAGCCACCGUUUGACUUAGAAGUGCUUCACCUGUUAAAAGCUCUGCUUACAACAGCUAUUUUCUCAAGUAUCAUUGAUUGUUUGAAUCAGGGGCUACUUUAACCAUUGCCUGUCACUUUAAUAUUCAAUGCUUUGUGCUGUCUAUGCUGAGCAGUCUACACAUAUACUUCGAUAAGUGCUCUGAAAUACAGAGUUCAGAUUGUUAGGUGUUGGAGGUUGCUGCUAGAAAUAUUCAAAGCUACUUUAAAUGAGGCGUCACUUGACAUGGGCAUAAGCAAGCAUGAUUCAUUAUAACCGUUUGGUUGUCUCAGCAAUAUGUAUGUAUAAAGCCUGCUGAUGUUCCAGAGAGUUCCAGCCCUGGGAUGUAUGAAGGCAAACACAUCCACUACUCGGAGGUGGACCAUAAGCCUCUGUGUUCAUACAGUCCAAAGCUUUGCAAGCAACGCAGACUCAACGGUUAUGCUUUCUGUAUCCGUCAUGUGCUUGAGGACCGGAGUGCCCCCUUUAGGCAGUGUGAAUAUGUAGCCAAGUACAACAGCCAGCGGUGCACCAACCCAAUACCGAAGGCUCAUGACCGGAAGUAUUGUAACAGUCACCUUCAGGUUAUGGGUGUCCUUCCCAAGAAGGACCGAAAGAAAAAACAAGAUGCCAUAGAGUCUUUGGCCCUCAACAUCACCGUUCCAUCCCUAGCUCUGAAGGCCCACAACGGGCUUGAGCAUUUACCCACAUCCCCACCAUCCUCCCUGGCUUAUCUACUCCCCUCAGAUCCUUUUUCCUUUUGCAGGGAAGAACAUUUUUUAAAACCAAGGGGCACAUUCCUGAAGAAACCCCAAGAAAGCCAAACUCUGAAUCAUAAGCAGAAACAGCAAGACCACAGAGUGAACCUGGCCCCUCUUUCUUCAACCCAUGUACGUUCUUGUCUCCCACCUCCACAGACUGGAAGAACCACACAAACACCUUUACUUCCCUCCUCCCCUUGUACACCAACCCUACAAACCUCCAAACUGCAGUCAGGUUCAUUAUUCAAAACAUCAACACCUCUUCAGGCCAGCCACCAGGGCUUGGCAGAACCAACUCCAACUGACCACAAAACUAAUCUGAACCUUAAUCACACCUUUGACAAAAAGGUUGUCCCUGCAGCUACAGGGAUGCUAGGUAGCCAUGAUGACAAACAUAAACAUUUCAUAAAAAUGCAUUCAUUUGCAAUGCAACAAAAAGCUCCAUGUUUGGGGCAGUUCCAUAGAUUGAUGGACCAUCACAAGAGGAGAUACCAAGACCUGAACCCACAUUUAGGACUUGACUGGUCAGAAGACAGUGAAGAGGAGGAUGGAGACUUGGGGAAACUAGUGUCAUAUCCGUGCCAGAGACUACAAGAGAAGCACUUUGAUGAGAGUGCCAGCAGAUCCCGUGCUGAGCGUGUGGCUGGCUUCUGCUCAUACCUGAGACAAAAACACAGGCACCUUUGCAGGGAGCAAAGGGGCUUCAGGAGGGAGAGGAGAUCCCAGCAUGCCCUUCGUAAAUCUCUGCUGCGGGCAGCAAAAGAGGAACCUCAUCAAACUGCACAGCUUAUUCAGGAACAAUGUACAGAGACCUCCACGCCCUCCAGCACAGCAGGACCAUUGGCUGGAGUUGCAGUCUCAGGGUUGUGUUUGGCUGUUGUAAAAGGUGGAGAGUGCCGAAAUUCAGCCUUACCAUUCACCAGGCACUGCUUUCAGCAUAUCCUUCAGAACCGUUCUCAGCAGCUGUUUUCGAGCUGUACUGCUCGCUUUGCAGAUGGAGCUCAGUGUUCCAUCCCCGUCUUUGACAUUACACAUCAGACGCCACUUUGUGAUGAGCACGCCAAGAAAAUGGACAAUUUCCUUCGAGGUGACAUCAGCCGUAGAACGUACCACCACCACCAGCAGAUUCAGCGGCACAGGCCACUGAAGAAAGCAAAGCCUCCAGCCCUCAGUAAAAAACAUAAGAAGAAAGGCAAGAGGAGAGCACCACGGCGCCCACAGAAACCCAUUCCCCCCGCAUUGCCCCAGGGCAAUCUGGGCAUACCUUCCAUCUUGUGCCUGCCCACACAGCCCUCUGGCAUAAGGAGCCCUUUAACUCCUGAUCUAAGUGCAGAUGAAUUUCCCGAUGACAUCACCAAUGACAUCAGCGACAUUCCACAUGACCUGGUGUUGAAUCAGGAGGAUUUCUCAGAUGUUCUCCCUCGACUCCCGGAUGAUCUGCAGGACUUUGAUCUUUUUGAAGGUAAAAGUAGUGAGCUGUUGCCCACCUCUGAGGAAGCUGAAGAACUGGUUCGUGUUCUGCAGGCCAUGAGCUCGUACCCCGAAUCCCUUGCAUGUCUUAGUGGAAUAGCUGAGCUUGGUCCUGUAGAAGGGGCAGAUUGUCGUAGCAUGCCGGGGGGAGUUGUGGAUCUGCUCAGUGCACGGUUAUCUGCUGAAACUCUUUCCAGCCUGGAGCUGGACCCCAGUCUGCUCCCCACUUCUGAAGACACUUUUCCCCCAUCACCUCUGUCACCACAACCCCCUCUCACUCCCCCGUCCUCUGUGGGCCAUCUCACAGACAGCACAUACCCAAAGAGACAACCUCAUCUCCUAGCUAAGAUGGGUGAUGCCACAGUAGAUCUUGGUGAUCUGCCCCUUGGCAAGGAUGAGGACAUCUCUCAUGGCUCCUGGGGCGUUCUCACCCUUCCCCUCAGUGACCCCUCUCAGUUUCACAGUCUUAUUGCCACUGACAGCUUACAGAUGUCCACAGCCCUUUCAACACCUUUGACCCCUGUGCCCUUAAACCCCUGCCAACCCAGUUCUGGCCUUUCUGCUUUACCUCAGAGCAGCCAGACUGUCCCUGUCACUCUCUCCACACCUGCAUCCUCCCUCUCGUCACCAACGUCGGAGCUCCUCUGCCCCACCCAAAGCAAGCACCUUCUCCCCCCACUGUUCAACCACUGUGGGAUCCCAGCAGACUUACAGCCGCACCACAGUACACCUGCACCACCUAUGGACCAGGCCUAAAUUGUAGGCAGAACCAAUUUUCCAAAUUGCUAGUUACAGUAUUCAGGGAACAUGUUGCAGGUGAUUUUUUUUAUUUAUUUUUUCUUUCCAAAUGUAAGGGUCACUCAGUCCCCCAACCUCUGCAUAUUUUUUCCCUUACACAUAAAGGACAUUAAGCAAUUCAUUUCCUUAUCUGCUUAAAAUAGUUGCUUUUUAUAAAGCAAACUGAUAACUAGAUGGAUUUUAGCCAUUAAUAUCACUUGUAUCCCUAAAUGCAUAUUUAAUAUAUUUAUAGAGUAGCAGUCUGCACAACUAGUAUUAUUGAUGAGUGAAAAUGUGUGGUAACUGGUGAAAAUGUGGUUGCUGUUUAACGAUAACUGGGUUUGUUAGUGGCAAACAAAAGGGGAAAGGUGUCACGGUUGUAUCACUAUUUUGUCCCGUGUGAUGGUUAAAAAUCUCAUUGUUUAGGCAGAUGGUGUUUAUAUGCUUUUAGUAGCCAUUAAAAUAUGGGGUCUUGCUCUAAGUGUCUGCCAUAAAAGCAAUGAAACACCUUUAUAAUUAGUGUAUUGCAAAUCUACAAAACAUUACACAUUGCAUUGUCACUUACUAAAAACCUGUAAAUGCACGAAAUCGCACUCCCGUACAUAAAAAGUGGCAUUUACAUCAAGAGUCCCUAUUAUUGACUUCAUGUAGGUAAUUCAUGUUACCAUAAUGUUACUUGAGGGUGUUAAACUUCUGAGUGUUUGAUGUGCUCCUGUGUAAGGCCUUUAGCUGAAGUGAGAGCAGUUGUGGGAAAUACAGUAUAUGGUGUAAAGCUAUAGUUAGUUACUCUUAUCUUGGCUUUUAAAGAGAGUAGUUUGAAGCCUUUACCCUCGUGUCAUGCCAAGUCUACAUUUGCAUUCUCACUUUCAUGUUGUUUGCAGAUGCUUUCUUACCAAAGCGACUUACAAGAAAGCCUCUUUUUAUGUCCACAUCAGAAAAAUAUCUAUUAUCUAACUGAACCAGUAUACUGAAAUUAUGUUUGGACAAUUCAGCUUUUAAAGAGAACAGUGAACAUUUAAUAAUGAUAUAGAAUUAAGGUUUGGGUAGACUUGCUGUUGUACCAGAUAAUGCUGCUUCUACCAACAGGCAUACAGACAGAUGAUAUCCUUGCACACAGAGAGUCGUCUCAUAUACUUUUAUACUUGUAUUCACUGAAUGUAUUAAGUCAAAAAAAUAUAUAUGUUUAUUAUAACCAGUUAAAAUGUUAUGGUCCUUUUAUUUGUUCAAGGUAUUUUUAUGUAUUGACAUGUUUACUUUUGUUACUAAAGUGCUUGGAUGUGGGCGUGUGUGUAGAAAAAGUGUAAGAGAUUCUAUUUGUUUUAUUUGAAAUGUGUGAAAUAAAACUGCUAUGACCAA